CUAUUAAGUAUCCUAUAUCUGUGGUGGAAAAUAAAUAUAUAUAAUAAGUCGUGUUCUAAGUAACCAAUACCAAAGGCGGGAUAAAACGAAUUAAAUAAAAGCUAAUAUUAUUAGUUUUAAAUAUAAAUUUCCUUUAUUAAAACAGAUAAAAUGUGUAAUAAUCACAAAUCCUGUGACUGGUAAUUCUCUCAAUUCACUGUGAAGAUCUGUUCAACACUCCUACAAAUUAUAAGUAUUACUUACAAGAAAUUAAGAAAAUCGGUAAUAGUUGAAAAGAAAUAGUUACAAGUCGAUGGAAAUUUAAUUGUCACUAAACAUGACUAUUUUAAAAAAAGUGUACACUCUUGUAUUUCUAAGAAAAGACAACAAAAUAUUGCUGGGUCUCAAGAAACGAGGUUUUGGCGUAAACAAAUGGAAUGGAUUUGGCGGGAAAGUCGAGCCUAAUGAGACUAUUCUUGAAGCAGCAGCACGGGAAUUAAAAGAAGAAUCUUGUAUUGAUGUUAAGACUAGUGAAUUGCGAAAUAUAGCUCAUUUGGAGUUUACAUUCGAAGGUGAUCCCACUAUGAUGGAUGUAAGAGUAUUUUCUGCAAAUGUUUUCCAAGGUGAACCUAAAGAGACAGAAGAAAUGAUACCAAAGUGGUUUGAACUUAAUGCAAUACCUUAUAAUGACAUGUGGCCUGAUGAUAGUAUUUGGUUCCCACUUAUGUUAAGUGACAAAUUAUUUUAUGGAAUAUUCCAUUUUAAAGGAUUCAAUACAAUAUUAAACUAUAACAUUCAAGAGUUAGAAUCAAUGGAAGCUUUCUACAAAAUACAUAAGUAAAUGGAAUGGCUUUUAUUCUAACUUGUGUGUCAUAGUUAUGUGAUUAAAAACAAUUGUGAUAAA